AUGCUAUAUUUUUGUAAUAUUUGUUCAUCAGUCUUCUCUGAUUAUACUAUAUUUUUUAUUCAUACGGAUUUUUGUAUAUCAUUUUUAUAUGAACAAUAUAAUAGAUCUAUUAUUGGUUUACCAUGUAAUUUAAAUCCUAAAGUUAUUGAACCAGAUAAUUUACAAAAAAUUGUCAAACAAGUCUUUGCUCCAGAACCAUAUUUAGUGGUGGAUGAUGAAAAAAUUCACGUAACACAACCAUUGUAUAUAGAUACAAACUUUGACAAUAUUAAAAUACAUGAUAAUAAGAGGAAUAAUAAUAUAACAACAGUAUCAAAUUAUGACAAUACAAAUUAUGAGCCAUUACUUAUGAUAAAACCUAAUUAUUCUUAA